CGAAAAUAAUGUACCGAAGAAAAGGAGUGAGAGAGAGAGAGAGAGAGAGAGGGAGUGAAUUCUAGAGAGAGAAAGUCUCGUAGUGAGAGAAAAAGGGAUGGGUCAGAUCGUGAAGAGGAAGAAGAAAGGGAGACCAUCGAAGGCAGAUCUGGCACGGCGGUCCGGUGGAGGACUGACAUCAUCGGAAUCUGAACCGCGACGGAGCCUCCGCAGCCGGAAUGUGCGGUACAACAUCGAUUACGACGAUUUUCUUGAAGAAGACGACGAGGAUGAGGAAGAGAACGAGAGAAGAAGAGAGAAGAAGCUCAAGCUUGUUGUGAAGCUGAACCAGAGCAGAGACGGAGAGCAUCUGUCGCCGGUGGCCAGACUUUCUAGGUCAGGAGCGCGUGGAGAGGACGCGGCGGAGUACGGUUCGUCGGCGUCGGAAGGGGAAGAUGAACCAGAGAGGAAGCCAUUGAAGAAGAGGAGGAUUGGCGGAGGUGAAGAAGAGGAUGAAGAUGAAGAUGGAGAUGAAAAUGAAGAUGAUGACAUUGAUGAGGAAAGGGGAAGGAAGGUGGGCUCGAAGGGGUCCGACUCUGUUCCAGGGACUCCCUCAGAUCGAUCAUCCGGGUUGCCAUUACCUGAUAAGAAGACAUUGGAGUUGAUUCUUGACAAACUUCAGAAGAAGGAUACUUAUGGUGUCUAUGCUGAACCAGUUGAUCCUGAAGAGCUUCCUGACUAUCACGAUGUCAUUGAGCAUCCUAUGGACUUUGCUACCGUUAGGAACAAGUUGGCUAACGGAUCAUAUUCAACUUUGGAGCAGUUUGAGCGUGACGUAUUUCUGAUAUGCUCAAAUGCAAUGCAAUACAAUUCACCAGAAACCAUUUAUCACAAACAGGCACGUUCCAUUCAAGAGCUUGCCAAGAAGAAAUUUGAGAGGGUAAGAAGUGAAGUUGAACGCUCGGAGAAAGAGUUGAAGUUGGAGCAGAGUACAAAAUUCAAUUCAUACAUCAAGAAACAACCACCAAAGAAACCCUUUUUCAGGACUUUUCAGGAACCCAUUGGAUCUGAUUUUUCCUCAGGUGCAACACUUGCUGGCACAGGCGAUGUACAGAACAGUUCCAAUCCAAUCCAUGGUGCUCACCGUGAGGUUCCUAACAAUAUUGAUGGGCAAGUAGAGGGUAGUUCCUCCUUCCUUGAUACUACUAAUCUGGACAGGGCUGAAGAGCUCUUCUCAGGAAAGGGUCUUCUAGGUAAAUUAGGGAGAAAGACAUCUGUGUUUGAUGACAACCGUCGUGCAACUUACAAUAUUUCUAAUUCACCAGCGCCAAGAUCGGAGUCGAUAUUUUCAACCUUUGAGGAUGAAAUAAGACAGCUUGUUGCGGUUGGACUUCAUGCGGAGAAUUCCUAUGCAAGGAGUCUGGCUCGAUUUGCUGCGACACUCGGUCCUAGUGCGUGGAAAGUUGCAUCCCAGAGGAUUCAGCAGGCUGUACCUGUUGGAUGUAAAUUUGGCCGUGGUUGGGUUGGAGAAUACGAGCCACUUCCAACACCAGUAUUAUUGUUUGAGAACAACAACCAGAAGGAACUUGGUUUUAAUAAUAACUUGCAUUCUACCAGCGAAUUAAGAAAGAAGGAUGGAAAGCCUUCAGACACUCCUUUGCCAAAGAAGGAAUGUCCUCUAAGUGCACCAAGUACAGAGGUGAAUGGUCUCGCUAGAGGAUCCACCUUAGAUGGGAAACCAUCUUUCUUUAGGUCCUCCACCCCAAGUCCCGGUCUAUCGCCACGGAAAAACCGACAGACCAAGAAUUUUACAGAGGGAGAGAAGGUUAAAAACCAAGUUGAGUUAAAUUCCUUGCCCUCAUUUAAACAAAAUAAUGUUGAUCUCGGUGUAGAGAAGCAGCUUCCAGCCAAUCUGAAUAUGACUACUUCUAGAUCUAGAGAUGUUUCGUCGGUAAACUUGAAUCUUGUGCAAUCUGCGACAUAUAAACUCCCCAGUGUUAAUGGCGUGGUGGCCGGAGGAUUGUCUAACGGUAAAUUCCCGAUCAAUUGUUUGAAUAGUCCACGGGCUGCUGUAUCGUCUCCUAGCUUGCCUUCUCAAACAGCUCCAGUGGCAACUUCCCAUGGACAGGACCUACACCCCAGUAAGCCGGUACAAUUGAUGAGAAUGAUGAUACCUGAAAGAGCCCCAAAACAAGAGAACUCAUCCAAUCAAUCUUCAUCUGAUUCUCUGCCAGCUUUAUCAUCAGCUCCUUCUGUAAUGAGAGACGAUUCUAAUAAUGCUGCUGCAGUAGCUUCUCGUGCAUGGAUGUCCAUUGGGGCUGGAGGGUUUAAACAAGUCAGAGAUAAUUCCACACCUAAAAGUCAAAUCUCUGCAGAUUCACUGUAUAAUCCAGCUCGAGAAUUUCAUCCACAAAUGACACGAGCAUGGGGCGAGUUUCGUGCUGGAGGCAAUCAGCUUCAGUCUGAGAAGAGUAAUUUCCCUAUGCAGGCAUUUGUUCCACAAGCCACUCUUGUAGCAAAUGAACAACAGCUGCAAAACCGGUCCAUGAUUUACCCUCAGCUAGUUCAGGCCGACAUGUCUAAGUUCCAGUUGCAGUCGACUUGGCAAGCUCUCAGCCCACAUAACCAGCCAAGGAAGAAACACGAAAUGCUUCCUCCCGACUUGAAUAUUGGUUUUCAUUCUCCUGGGUCUCCCGUGAAACAAUCCUCUAGUGUUCUGGUUGACUCCCAGCAGCCAGACCUGGCUUUGCAACUUUAACUGAAGGCUAGUUUUGCAAACAAGAUUCAUAUUAGUAACCUGCAACCUUUGGGGAUGAAACCGAGACAACUUUUCCUCUAUGUUGCACCAAAUUACAAGAACAAACAAUUUAUCGGUAUGACACAGAUGAUUGCAUUCAGCACAAACUCGAAAAUCCCGAGGUUGGAGAAUUCAUCCUGAUUUAUGUAUUAGGAAUGAGGAAUAUCCACAUCAGGAAGCAAUAUCCACCAGCAGGAUGUGGGAUGGUUCUGUUGCAGUCGAGGAACGGAUUUUAGCAGACAAUAUAUAUUAUUUUUCGAGUUCUCCUCCUACUGUAGAGAAUGGAUCACUCCACUGCCCUGCUGAGAGUCCCAGACACAGACACAUUCCUAAAUAUCAGGUACCCCACCACCAUAAAAAAUGACGAAAAAAAGAAAAAAGAAAAUGAUUUUCUUUGUGUCAAUUGCUUUGAAAGUGCUGAGAAAGUUGCUAUCUGAGAAAUUAUUGAGGAUAAAAAUUCUAUUUUUGGGUUGUAGAAUAGUCACAGGUGGAUUGAUGAGCUAUAGAUCUCUGUAAUUACUUGGAUAAAAUCCCACUUUGGUUCUGCUGCUGCUGCUUUGAUUGAUACAUCCAAGAUUUACGUACCAAUGGCAUAGUGCUGUAAGUAACUACUGUAUUCCAGUUUGCUCCAAUGAGAUGAUCUUGAUUGUUGAUUGGCUCA